AUAAUACUCCCUUCUCACCCUACUUCUAGUGUAGUAAAGGUCCUCUCUUCCUCCACCUGCUUCCUUCACUCGCCUUCCUGUACUUCCAUCCUCAUACGUUUCUUUGGCAACAUGGGAACCAAAUGUAGAACUGUUGCAGUUGCACUCUUCCUUUCAAUCCUUGUGUUUUCACCAGAAUUUUCGGCCUCAGAUGGUGGAUUGGUUAGAAUUGGACUCAAAAAGAGGGCUUUUGAUCAAACCAACCGCCUAGCUGCACGGAUAGAGUCCAAGCAAGGGGAGGCCUUGGGAACUUCAAUUCGGAAGUAUAAUCUUCAUGGGAAUGCUGCGGGAUCGAAACACACGUAUGUUGUGGCACUACACAACUACAUGGAUGCUCAAUAUUUUGGGGAAAUCAGUAUUGGAACUCCCCCUCAAAAGUUCACUGUAAUAUUUGACACUGGCAGUUCUAAUCUGUGGGUGCCCUCUUCUAAAUGUUACUUUUCGGUUGCAUGCUAUUUCCACUCCAAGUACAAGUCAAGCCAAUCAAGCACCUACAAAAAGAAUGGGACAUCAGCAGAUAUCCAUUAUGGAACUGGUGCUAUUUCGGGUUUCUUCAGUAAAGAUGAUGUAAAAGUUGGUGACCUUGCAGUCAUAAAUCAGGAAUUUAUUGAGGCAACGAAAGAACCCAGCAUCACAUUUGCUUUGGCCAAGUUUGAUGGCAUACUUGGACUUGGGUUUCAAGAGAUUUCAGUUGGAAAUGCUGUGCCUGUGUGGUACAACAUGAUCAAUCAAGAACUUAUUAAAGAACCAAUUUUCUCAUUUUGGUUUAACCGAAACUCCAAUGAAGAAGUAGGGGGUGAAAUUGUAUUUGGUGGUAUUGAUUCUGAUCAUUACAAGGGUAAGCACACCUAUGUUCCUGUAACAAAGAAAGGCUAUUGGCAGUUUGAUCUGGGUGAUGUCAUGAUUGGUGGUAAAACAACUGGAUUUUGCGCUAGUGGCUGUUCAGCAAUUGCUGAUUCUGGAACCUCUCUGUUGGCUGGUCCAACAACAAUUAUUACUGAAGUCAAUCAUGCCAUUGGAGCCUCUGGGUUUGUAAGCCAAGAAUGCAGAGCAGUUGUCCAACAAUAUGGGCAAAUAAUAAUUGACAUGCUAUUAACAAAGGAGCAACCUCAGAAAAUCUGCUCACAAAUUGGUUUGUGCGCUUUCAAUGGUAUUCGAGGUGUUAGUAUGGGCAUUGAGAGUGUCGUGGAUGAGAACAAUAGCAAGGCAUCUAAUGGUCUGCAUGAUACCAUGUGCUCUGCCUGUUCGAUGGCAGUUGUCUGGAUACAAAAUAAGCUUGGUCAGAAUGAAACAAUUGACCGUAUAUUAAAAUACGUCAAUGAGCUCUGUGAUCGGCUGCCUAGUCCAAUGGGAGAAUCAGCAGUUGAUUGUGGUAGUCUGUCUUCAAUGCCUAAUGUUUCGUUAACCAUUGGUGGAAAAGUAUUUGAUCUCAGCCCCAGGCAGUACAUCCUCAAAGUGGGUGAGGGAGAAAUAGCUCAAUGCAUUAGUGGAUUUACAGCUUUGGAUGUGCCACCUCCUCAUGGACCUCUCUGGAUCCUGGGUGACGUUUUCAUGGGUCAGUACCACACAGUAUUUGAUUACGGAAAUAUGAAAGUUGGAUUCGCUGAAGCUGCAUAACUCAAUCUUAUCUUUCCUAUCCUGUUCUAUUACUGUGCUCUAUAUCCACCUCUGAAAACCUUGACAUCUUCAACAUUCAAUAGGUAUCCUCUCAAGUGUUCGAAGUUAUUAAAUGGUAAUUGAAUGUAAAUAUCUGCGGAUGCGAUGCUCGGUGUUUAUCAGAAAAGAAUACUGUGAAGUUUGGGUUACUCAGUUGUUCAUACAAUGGUUUUCUAGGGAGUCUGUAAGGUAUAUUGCUAUUUUGUGAAAUCCUGUUCUUUUUGACAGGAUUUGAAGAUUUCCACCCUUUUCUGCCUAAUUUAUCUGAACUUAUGAGAAUUGGUUUGCUUGUUUAAAGUUGGAAAAGAGAGGGAUGCUGGCAAAAACAUGAAAUUAGAUAAACCAUUGCUGGUGUAUUAUCUGAAUGUUCUCUUUUACUGAUACAUUUCUAUCAAUAUGUUUCCUAAA